UUCCCAUCAACGUUACCAGCGAGUAACCACCAGGCACACCACAAACCACAAACCACCAACUCUUUAUCAACUCACAAUGUCUGGCCGUGGAAAAGGUGGCAAGGGACUCGGAAAGGGUGGUGCCAAGCGUCACCGCAAGAUUCUUCGGGACAACAUCCAGGGUAUCACGAAGCCUGCUAUCCGGCGUCUUGCGCGUCGUGGGGGUGUGAAGCGUAUCUCGGGUCUGAUCUAUGAGGAGACCCGUGGUGUGCUGAAGAUCUUCCUUGAAAACGUCAUUCGGGACUCCGUGACGUACACUGAGCACGCGAAGCGGAAGACGGUGACUGCGCUCGAUGUCGUGUACGCUCUGAAGCGGUCUGGCCGCACUUCCCCCAUUCAUCUUCCCCUUCAUCUUAUCCUCCAUUUAUACCCGCCCCGCCUCUUGACAACUGCAAUGAGCGUUGCCGUUCCUGCCCCUCUCAAGUCGUCCGUCAAGUCUGCGGCCUCCAAGUCCAGUUUUCUCGGCAAGGCUGUUCGAUAUCUCCUGGAUACAGACGCCAACCCGGACCAAUGUCGAGAUCCAAUUUUCCUCCUGGGAGUUACACACCCAGGCUACGAUCCAGUAGACUCGGGCGAGGCGGAGGCGCAAGGGCAGGACGGUUCCCAUUUCUGGCCUCCUGAAUUCUACGCGGACUUUCGCAGCCGGGUCUGGUGCACGUACAGGCGCGACUUUGAGCCUAUACGAGACGGAGCGUCGAGGGGAUUCACCUCCGAUGCAGGAUGGGGCUGCAUGCUUAGAACCGGGCAGAGCUUGUUGGCCAACGCUCUACUCAACAUACAUGUUGGGCGUGACUGGACAAGGCCGCUCUUUCCUCUGCCCUCCGCACGCUCGCCGUCCUCGUUCUUCCACUACGCGUCCCAUCACACCCAUGCUCCAUUAAGUCAGCCUGCGCCAUCUCCUCUCGAAGAUGAAGGUUCUCGGUCACGUCAGGCCGCAUAUGUUCGGAUACUUACAUGGCUGAACGACAACUCAAAUGCCCCAUUCAGCGUUCAUCGUAUGGCUCUCUCCGGAAAGGAUCUAGGAACGGCCGUCGGACAGUGGUUUGGACCUAGUGUCGCUGCGGGGGCUAUCAAAACACUGGUCCAACAGUUUCCGACCUGCGGACUCGGUGUAUCUGUCGCUACGGAUAGCGUUUUGUACGAAACAUCGGUCUUCGAGGCUUCGCAUGCUUCACCGUCCGUGUGCGAUUCGAAUUCAUGGGGAGACCGUCCCGUCCUCCUGCUCCUGGGCUUGCGGCUAGGACUGGAUGGUGUCAACCCCAUUUAUCAUGACACCAUCAAGCAAUUGUACACUUUCCCUCAAUCUGUUGGAAUAUCAGGAGGUCGUCCAUCCUCAUCCUACUACUUUGUUGGUGCUCAGGGUGACGGUCUUUUCUAUCUCGAUCCACAUCACUCUCGACCUGCUCUCCCAAUCCGAUCCGACGAAGACAGCGGGGAGGAAUCUUACACGAGUCUGGAGCUGCAGACGUAUCACUGCGAGAAAGUUCGCAAGAUGCCCAUAUCUGGACUGGAUCCGAGUAUGCUGCUUGGGUUUCUCUGUAGGAGCGAGCAAGAUUGGGUUGACUUCAGGACGCGGGUGGAUCAGCUUCCUCAAUUGAUCUUCUCCAUUGAGGACGAGCCGCAGUCGUGGCCUUCCAUGGAUCUUGGCGAGGACGACGACGAGGGACUCGCUUUGGAGAGUCUCGCAAGCUCUGACGAUGUACCUGCCCUUCCGGUGACUCCGCAAGCCGUUUCCCUCACACUAGACACGGAAAUAGCCAGUCUUGCCCGACACGACUCACGAUCGCUUGCCCCAGACAGCCCUGUCUCGUCUUCCUUGGCUCACACAAGCAGCGCAGCCUCGUCACGCUCCACUCCUGGAAAGGGCCGGCUGUCCUUCUCUAUGGACGACGUUAUUCUCUUCGAUAUUGAUACCAUUCAUGCUCCGGCAUCUCUCCUCGGCCUCGCCUCAUUACCCAGGAUGCUGUUUUGUGAUACCCUCUUACCUAGUGUACAUGUAAAGUCUAUUUCAACUCUAUCCGUAGAUGUUGUUGUGUAUCGUAUCUUCUCCUAUCCAGAGGACUUGCAGUCUGAUCUUGGCGAGGACUUCAACUUGACUGCUUCGCAAAUUCGCGCGUUUCUUUCCAGUGCUGAAGAUGUUGACGUCGAGCAAUCUACUAUCGAAGAAUUGAUGCACAUCUUGGCUUCGGAACAAGAGCCUGGGGAAUCACAUACUACUGCGGCCGUGGACGUUGAUGCCUUCGACCUCGAAGUCUCUGACAUCGACAUGGCCGCAUUGUAUUACUCGCCAGAAGACGACGAGCAAACGUGGUCUCAACAACAGAUCCGGUCCAUGAUGCAUCAUCUAAAAGAACGUGGAAUGUCGUCCUGGGUAUCUGAAUAUGUUGUGAAACGGAACACGGCGAUACCGCAGCUCUUGACUGCGUUUGGUAUCCACCUGAGUCCUCGGCUGCUGACUGUAUCGCCUUUUGCGAUGGCCUUCUUUCUUCGUGCAGCAAUGAGCCGGGAGCUCCACUUGCGCGACAAACUAACGCAAUACAACACUAUUGACGACGCUCUCCGCCUCAUUUCUGAAUCCCGCAAGAUCCUGAUCCUGACCGGCGCGGGCAUCAGUCUGUCUCUUUCACAAUCCCCAGUGUCCAAAGAUGGUCUCUAUGCGUCGCUUAAAAAGCGGGGUGAUUACGACCUGGACGAUCCACAGCAGAUGUUUGACAUCAACUAUUUCAAAGAGAACCCGACCGUAUUCUAUUCUUUUGCGAGUCAAAUCUAUCCCUCCAACUUCGUACCCUCUCCAUGCCAUCGCUUUAUCAAAGCUGUUGAAGACCGAAAUCAACUGCUGCGGAACUAUACGCAAAACAUCGAUACUCUUGAGACUCUAGCUGGGGUCAGCCGCGUCCUCCAGUGCCAUGGGUCAUUCGCCACGGCCAGCUGUCUGCUCUGUCGACGAACAGUGCCUGGUGCUGAGAUAGAGGCCGACAUCCUGUCUCAGAGGGUGCCAUUGUGUAUCGCAUGCAACGUUUCUCGCAACAAGCCGAAGAAACGGGGAACGAAGAAAGCCCAAGGCGAAUGGGACAGCCAGGAUGAAGACGAAAGUGAUGGGCCGACCUUCCCUCCCGGAAUUAUGAAACCUGAUAUCACCUUCUUUGGUGAAAAGCUAACCGACCACUUUGACCGCUCACUUGCUGCGGAUCGAGAAGAGGUCGACUUGCUGUUGGUCAUCGGGACCUCGUUGAAAGUAGCUCCCGUUGCUGACAUCCUGUCCCAUGUUCCUCAUUCGGUGCCUCAGAUAUUGAUCAAUAAGACACCCGUGCGACACAUCAAUCCAGAUAUAAUCCUUCUUGGAAAUGCUGACGAUAUCGUCCUGCAUCUUUGCGCUAAACUGGCGUGGGAGUUGCCUGCUGCUGUUCCCAAGCAACUGACGACGCCUGUCUAUCUCGGGGACACCCUCCGAAAACGUUCAGCGGCAGAUCUACAUGCGGCGGAAGAGCCCAAACGCGUUGGCUCGUCGCAUGUCUGGUUGUUCGAAGGUGCAGAAGGAGGAGACUGGCUAGAACGUGUUCAGCAGCAGCUUUCAGAAGAAGCAAGCGCCGAACUUGUCUUGGAAUCCAAUGGCCUUAGUGCAGUAGAACAGAGUUCUAAAAAGCCUCGUCUCGUAUAAAACUAGCCUUUUGUUUGCGGGCCGGAACCCGCGCACGGAUCAUUCCUCUUUGAGCUCACUCUUCUCGUCCUGAUUACCACUAGUGUCUCUUUGUUCCUCUACGUAUGGUCAUCAAUCCGGAAUCCCGCCUCGGCUCCC